AUGAAACUUUUGAAGUUCUUUAAUUACAGUCAACCCGAAGACUUAAUCAAAAGUUUAUGUUACGACAAUAAAAUGGAAGAGAGUUGUUUAGAAAAAAGAUGCGACAACUGCAUUAAGAAGACAUGCAAAAAGAACAUUAAGAAAGACGUUAUUUGUAACAAAGAAAAAAUGAUGGAAGCUCUUCAGCGUGAUCUUCCAAAGUGUAUGCAACACAUUGCAAACAUAAGACAUCAAUACCAGUUUAUCAACACCUUAAAAGAUUUAUUAGAAAAAGAAGAUGUUUUCGUGCAUAUGGAUUUUUCUGAAAACUACCAGUGCAAAUAUAAUAGAGAGAUACAAAGUGCUUUAUCUGAGAAUACCCGUCAUGAUCACAUUGGAAUUUUUGCUCAUCUUCAACCUUUAUUUCAACAAAUUUCGGAAAAGUUGAUAACCAAUAAUAAGAAGUUUUCUAAAGGAGGUCAUGGAAAGGGAGCUCCAGACGAUAUUGGUGGAGUGAUAAAACGUACUGCUGAUCGAUUAGUGGCUUUAGGAGAAGAUAUUCCUGAUCAUAAAUGUCUAGUUGAGCAAGUAUCAAAUCGUUGCUCUGGAAUUCAGUUACAAGUUGUCACUAAAGACUUUUAA